AUGGGAUCCCUUCGAGGAGCCCACAAUAAAAAUGCAGACCCUGCCCUCACUGAGGAACGGUUGUCUGAACUCGACAUUAACUUUUCGACAUUUCGAAAACAAUUAACAUGUCCUGCAUGUUUCAAAACCACUACUUUCUAUAGAAAUGGGUCUUCAAAUAAAGAACCCUUCCAGCCUCAAUUUUCAUGCACCUCCUGUCACAAAGCUGUAAAAGCUUUUGAAAUGUACCCUAUAGUCCGUUCUGCUGCACAAAAUCAACAACCAUUGUCUCUAACGACCUCCAACGUGGAGAUUAUGCCACCCGAAUUGGAAUCUACUACUGCCAGCAACAGCCAAUUUGAACUUAUCAAGCAGUUAUGCCAAACUGUCGAGCAGUUGACUGCAGAACUCUCUCAAGCACGUAGUGAAAUCCAAGACUUACAUGCCCGCCAAGCUGCAGCCGCCCGCUUCUUUCAACCACCAUCAUUGAACCAAGGUUUCAAGUUCCUCUACAUCCCAACAAAAGCCCGAAUUCCUGUUGGCACCUUACACACUACCUUUCGAAAACUUGGUGUUAAUAAUGCUCGAUUACUCGACAUUCAUUAUCCCGCUCGUAAUACAGUUGCCAUUCUUAUCCAUAAUGAUUACGAAACUGAAUUUACAGACCUUCUACGCCACCAUAACAUUACAAUCAAAGCAGAUUUUAACCCCUCCAGUGGUAAGAUCCUUGCAGAUCCCAAGUACUCCACUCUUACAACUAAUGAAAGAGACGUCAUAGCGUCAGACCUCCAACAAACCCGUCUGGAACGUGCACUUGACCAUAUUUGUACACCAGUUAAAUUCGCUGUUGCCCGCUUUUUCCUUGACAAACAAUGGAUUUCUAAACAAAAAUUUGACUCACUCAAGACCGACCGUAAUACACAACUAAACAAUAUCUUUGAUUCCCCUCAACAACAAUCAACACCACCAUCGGACGUUAUAAGUUAUACAAAAUAA